AUCCCGCUGUGAGGGCAUUGCGUCACCCACAGUACGGUAUGUAACGAAUAAUCUUCAGUGUUAAUCAGCUAUUCACUACAACUAAUCCACGUGUUUCAAGUUUAAAUAUAUAUAUGUCUGCACGCUGCGUCGCGCGAUAUACACUGGUUAGUAAGCGUGACGUCACGCGGAAGCUAAACAUAAAUAAACAACACGAUUUCCAGCUGACGACAGAACACUUCACGAAGCAGGAUGAAGCCGCGGUCUAAAAUUUACGUGACAUCAGACGUUCCACAGACAUGUUUGGACACCCUACUCCAGGUGGCAGAUAUCUCGAUAUGGGAGAGUUCGGACCCCGUCCCUAGGGGAGAACUGUUAAUCGCGGUACGGGGCGUAGAUGCCCUGCUCUGUACGAGCUCUGAUAUAAUUGACAAGGAUGUAAUAGACAGCGCUGGGUCUUUUUUACGUGUGGUGGCCACCAUGAGUGAAGACACUCACCACAUCGAUGUGGGCGAGUGUCGGAGACGGAGAAUAGAAGUAGUGACCUUGCCAAAAAUUUCCAAAGACACUGUGGCUAACCUAACCAUGGCUCUUCUCAUUCAAACCAUGGGAGAACAAGUUGGUGUAAUUGACUGUAACUUCAACGUUGACCAGGACAAGUCACCUCUGGCGGGCAAGAUCGUGGGCAUCAUCGGGUACGGUUCUGUUGGAAAAACCGUGGCUGAACGCUUUUUAGAGAUGGGUGUCGGGAAAUUGCUGUACAGUGAUCUCCAUCCCACAGAAAAUCCCGAACCCAGGACAGAGUCUGUGAACUUUGAACGACUUGUUUCGGAAUCAGACAUUGUGUGCAUUUGUUGUAAAGCAAUGAAGAAUGCGACACAUCUCUUCCAAAAAGACGUUUUCAAGAAAAUGAAGAAGGACGCAAUUUUGCUCGACAGUUACUCGAAAGGACAGGCGAUAAACUACUCUGAUCUUUACAGUGCUUUGAGAGAGAAUAAAAUCUAUGCCGCGGGACUUAAUGUGAGGGACAUCAAUCAGAUCCAUCCAUACAAGACAAAUCUGUCCGCGCUGCACAACUGUUACUUUUUCCCAUUCAGGGAGUGCAAUCAUGUUUGGGACAUGCGCAGUGCCGCAUCAGCGUCAAUCGCGCGCAGUGUCGCCGCAACAUUACGGGUACGUGACAAUCAAAGUGCGGAGGUAUGCGAGAGGUAAUUGAAGAAGUUGAAAGUCACGUGACGAUAUUCUGUUUUUUUACGACAACGGUGCUUUUUUCACUUUGAAAAGUGUCUGUACGGCAUAUUGCUACAAUUUGUAAAUAACUAGAAUCUAUCUCAGUCACCUGUGUACUUGUAUUUUGUUAAUAUGAACUGUUUUAUUUUUAUAUGAAUUGUAAUAAAUGUUUGAUGAUCUUUUC